AUGAGUUCUCCUAAUACUAUGGCUUUUCUUGCCGUCUUACUUGUUGAGGCCAUCACUGGCUUGUCCUCCAGCAUCUUCACAAUCAUUUGUUGUCUCUCUGUUCCUGGCUACAAACAUUAUAAGAUUUCAACCUUCAGCAGGAUUUUGAUGGCUGUGAGUGCUUCUAACAUGUCCUACCUCUUUACUAUGUCCACAAACUUCCUCAUUGAAUUCUUAUGGCCACAUCUGUAUAAAAUACCAUUUGUUGCCUAUAUGAUUAACUACUUGACCUUGUACAGCAUCACAUCCACUUCUUGGCUCACCUGCUCACUUUGCUCCUUCUACUUCCUGAAGAUCAUCCCUUCCCAGCCCGGAAUCCUGACAAAGCUUAAGAACAUGACAAACACAAUAAAUGGAGGGAUCCUACUGGUGGCAAAGAUCGUGUCUCUCGGUGGAGGUUUUCUUUCAAUUAUUAUUUCAAAUAAAAAUUUAAAAGUGAACUUAACAGAAAGUGGAGCAGAAAAACCAGAAGACUGGAUAAUGAGGAGGAUAACAUUUAAUGAUAUUAUCAUGGCUCUCAAUUCUCUGCCAUUCUUCAUUAUAAUAGUGACUACGGUUGUCAGCGCUUCACUCCUCAAAUAUUAUAAUUAUCAGAUGAAGAAAAACAUCAGGAAUAUUAACGGCAAUGUGAAGGAUUAUCGGACUGCUGUCCUGACCAUGACCGGUCUCCUCAUGUUGUAUUUACUCAUUUUUGUUACAUUGAUAAUUUUUACCCUGAACCCAAUGGACACAACCUGGGGCUCCAUGAUAUGUUUGAUGUUACUGUUUUCAUUCCCCACAGUCCAGACGGCUCUUCUCACCUACGGGAAUCCCAAACUGAAGGAAGGCUUGGGGAAGAUGUUCACCUUUAUAACCCUGACUAUAGGCUCCGGGCGGUAA